UAUCGGAACAUCAUCAAGCCAUUCAUCGCGCAUCUACCCGCCCUUCCCCGCACGCACUCCACGGGCAACUGAUAUCGGCUACGCUAGGCGGAUCGACGGUCUCUUUAUUGGUUGCGUUGUAUCACACACAAAUUAGAUAAUAGGGACUCAGGUGGGCUCAAAACUGGUAUAAAUUAUCAAGGUAGCGAGCGACACUGAGACCUACUUCUUAUUCCCAAGAAGACACGUGCUCCUUCCAUACCAGCGACAAAGACCGGCUCUUCGCUUCGAAACUCACCAUGCUCUCACUGUGGAUAGGCGCUAUCUUCCUCGUUGGGUAUAUUCUGAUUCAGGGAAUUCUGGGACCUGUAUCCAAGAUACCAGGGCCAUGGUAUACACGCUUCACAAGUUUUUGGAUCAAAUAUCAAGAAUUCACGGCGAACAGACGAGAGUCUGUUCAUCGGCUCCACCAAGUAUAUGGCCCCGUUGUUCGUUUGGGUCCCAAUGAGGUAUCCUUCACAAGCCUCGAUGCUAUCAGAGAAAUAUACGCCUCCGGGGGUAGUGGCUACGAUAAGACUGAGUUCUACUCGCUCUUCAAGCAAUUAAAGACCAAAACCAUGUUUUCCACCCUGUGCAAGGAGGAACACAGCAAGAGAAAACGCAUCUUCGCCGAGCGAUAUGCGAUGACAAAUGUUAUGAAGGCAGAACCUUUGGCAGUUAUGCACGAGCGGGCAAUGACUUUUGUGUCCAAGUGUCUAGAAGCUGGCAAGAAAAGUGUCGAUGUCUACGUCCUUCUCCACUGCUAUGCUGUAGACUGUGUUACACAUUUCAUGUUCAGUCCAGGAGGCCUCAAAUCACUAAAUGUCGAAAAGGACUUUGAGAUCAUGCAGGAGCUUACCUACCAUCAAAGUCUUCAAAAAAGUCUUCUGGCAUAUUACCUCCCCUCUUGGGAGCCCUACUUUCCAAAAUUCCUCCAUCCACGCAGUGCACCCAAGACCAACCAGUUCGUUCUUGACAUGACUGCCCAAAGUCAAGUCAAAGAGUACUCUCUCCUAGAAAAGCUCAAGCGCAAAGAGUCUGGCCUCGAACUUAUCCAAGUUGCAGCCGAAUGCAAAGAUCACAUGGCAGCUGGUAUCGACACUACCGGUGAUGGGCUCUGCUUUUUGAUGUGGGAACUCUCACAACGACAUAACAUGGAGUUUCAGAAGAAGUUACAGCAUGAACUUCAGAAUGCUUCACCUGAUUCAUCGUUGGACAGCUUAGUCUACCUGGACGCGGUAAUCAAAGAGGCUUUGCGUUGCUCUCCCCCGAUUCCGAUGUCCUUGCCCCGUUACGUGCCUGCUGGUGGGAGGCCGAUUGAUGGGUACUUUAUUCCAGAGCACACGAUCGUGAGCUGUCAGCCGUAUACCGUUCAUCGAAGCUGUGAGGAGGUGUUUCCAGAGCCAGACCAAUUUAAUCCUGAUCGGUGGCUCGAGGAGAAAGGGGCCGCUGAGCGAAACAGGCAUUUCUUUGCCUUUGCAACUGGUGGCAGAGGAUGCACGGGGAAGAAUUUGGCGCUGGUGGAGAUGAAAAUACUUCUUCGCGAAGUUUACUCUCGAUUCACUACCACGGUGGCACCUGAUAUGGAUGGCUCUAUGAAGCUGGAUGAUCAGAUCAUCUCGGCAAGACCUAAGGGACAGACGUGCAAGCUGAUUUUCACAGAGACCUAG